UUGCAAUAUCCACCUCCCAUGAAUUCUGCAAUGCCUCGUGUCGUAUAUAAAAGUUCAGAGAAUUCAUUUGAAAUGACAUUUGAAGAUCUGUACCAAUAAUGAAUCGGAACGACAAAACCGCGCGCAUUGCGCACGUCUUCAGUGGAACAUUUGUGCACUCCACACUACGAGCCGCGGUGGAAAUACUGCAGAAUUGUGUCUUAGGAGUCGACGAUAAGGGCAAGAUUGCAUUUAUUGAAAAUCAUCAAGAUGUGGUUAGUCUUUCAGAAAUAUGGGGCUUUGAAACUUCAGACAUAAAACAGCUUGGGCAAUAUGAGUUUCUUAUGCCCGGAAUGGUUGAUACACACAUCCAUGCGUCUCAGUAUAGCUAUACUGGAACUGCCUUAGACCUUCCUCUGCUGGAGUGGCUCAACACUUACACUUUUCCUGUGGAAGCCAAGUAUAAAGACUUGGAUUUUGCCAAUAAUGUCUACACUAAAGUUGUGAGAAGAACAUUAAAGAACGGCACCACGACUGCCUGUUAUUUUGCCACUAUACACACUGAUGCCUCUCUUCUCCUUGGAGAGCUUGCAGAUAGCUUUGGACAAAGAGCUUUAGUGGGUAAAGUUUGCAUGGACUGCAAUUCUGCAGUUCCACAGUACAAAGAAAGUCCAAGCGAAUGUAAAGAGGAGACAGAUCGUUUCAUCAAAGAGCUUCUAAAAAAGGAGUACCCGAAUGUUAAGCCUGUGGUCACUCCUCGAUUCGCCCCGUCCUGUUCCUCCUCACUGCUCAGUGAAUUAGGUGAGAUCGCCAAUAACAACAAGCUUCACAUUCAGAGUCACAUCAGUGAGAACAAAGAGGAAGUGGAGCUUGUGAAGACAUUGUUCCCAGACUGCAAAUCCUACACUGACGUUUACCUCAAGCACAACCUGCUUACAGAUAAGACUGUAAUGGCCCAUGGCUGUCACCUAACUGACGAAGAACUGGAGAUCUUUCGUGAAACAGGAUCUGCAAUCUCUCACUGUCCUAACAGUAACAUCUCGAUUUGCAGUGGGAUGCUAAAUGUACGCAAUGUCUUGAACCACAAAGUGAAAUUGGGUUUGGGGACAGAUGUAGCAGGAGGCUACUCCCCAUCCAUGCUAGAUGCUAUGAGAAGAACCAUCGACACAUCAAAAGCCCUGACCAUCCAGGACCCUCAGCAUAAGACCCUGAGCUUUGAGGAGGUUUUCAGAUUGGCUACACUUGGAGGCAGCGAAGCCCUCUCACUGGAUGAUCAGAUCGGCAACUUUGUGGUAGGCAAGGAGUUUGAUGCCCUGCGAGUGAAUGUUUGCGUUCCUGAUGGACCGAUCGAUUUGUUUCCUGGUGAAUGCCCCAAGGUCAUUUUAGAGAAGUUUUUAAACUUAGGUGAUGAUCGAAAUAUUACUGAAGUCUACGUGGCUGGAAGACAAGUGGUUCCAUUUCCAGAUACAAAAUAACUCUCUAGUUGUUUUUACCAGAAAUAUAACACAUCUGUUUAGUAGAAGUGUUUUUUUUGGUUUGUUUGUUUGUUUGUUUUUUGUUUCUUUAAAGAACGGCAUCUUUUUAUAGCUGUAUAUUAUUUAGUCAACAAAUUGUUAAAUGUCUUUAUUAAGGAAAUAUUUUUUAUUUAAAUUUUACCGCAUGAUUUAAAGAUUUGCCCAAUAAUUAAAUAGAUUUUCUUUAAUUUGUAUUAAAUUGUAGUCUUCUAUUUACUAGUCGUGUUGAUUAUGGAAAAAAUGUGACAGAAUAUAUUUUAUUUUUAUCAAUGACAAAUUGACAAUAAAAGUGCUUUAUGUUAUUGUCCCCCUUUUUUAAAUGUAUGUUAUUUAGGUAUAUUUAUUUAUUGAUUGCUUGUAUUAUCACUGAUUAAUGAUAAUACACUGCAAAAACAAGUAUUUGUGACACUCUCAUGCACACAGCUCUCAUCAGAAGCUCUUAGCUGUCUGUCUCACCUGUCCUUUCACUGUUUAUAACAGUUCUCAAGUAGGAACAGUGCUUUUGAUUACAUUUGCUUCAUGCCCUACGUACAGUGCUUACAAUGUAAUGUAUUUGAACUGAAAUUGAGUGGUCAUCAUUUCAAGCAAUGACAGCAUUGUCUUGCUGUAUGACAUGCUUUACAUCAAAAAUGAUUGUAAACAGCAUUUUUUAAUUAUUCAGUAAUUUGUAAACAUGGAGUUAAGAGACUAUGUGUAAUUUAGAAAAUUCAAAAAUAGUGUUUUUUUUUUUUUUACAACAGUACUAGAAAUGUAUUGCGGUAAAAUUACAUAAAUAAAUAUGCACUUUCCAUUAUUCAUAUACAUUUUAAAAUUAUUUUGAAAAGUUUGUUUAUCUGUUGAUUAAUUGUUAAAAAUUAUUUGAUAACCACAUGGAGGCGCUAAGAGACUGUGUAUUGCGGUAAAAUUACAUAAAUAAAUAUGCACUUUCCAUUA